GUAAGUUUCUCGACAUUUCCAAGUUAGACAAAAUGAGCAACAGCAUAGCGGCUGUUAUAUACUUCACUCUCUCUUGUAUGAGUAUGCUACUGCAUGUAGUAGCUUUUACUUUGCUAUGGAAAAAACAUGCUAACAUAACAAGGAAUCAAAAAAUAAUUUUACUUAAUUUAUGCAUGGUAGAAGUUCUCAUUUCGUGUAGCGAUCUUCCAAGAGCAAUUAUAUACGAGACCGUUGGCUCCGAGACUCUUGCAUACAAAUCAUUUGUGACGUUAUUCUACUGUUUUAUACUUGCAUAUUUGUAUUUUAUGAUCGCACUCACCAUGGAUAGGUUAGCGCAGAUUUAUCUCAAUAUAAAAUAUGACUUAUAUUGGCCAGUACGUAGGACAAAAUACUUAACGGGAAUCAUCUGGACAUUGACGCUCUUGCUUGGUUUUGUAAUGUUACUCAUUCUAAAUCUAAAAAAGGAUAAUUCUAAAUCCAAAAAUGUGUACAAAGUGGUGGGAGAUUGGAUUUUACCUGUUGCGUUUUUUUUGUUUUUAUUUAUUGUCAUCUUUACGUAUACGUACAUAGCCAAGAAGAUCAUCCAGACCAAGCGCGUUGAUGCAAGAGUAUCGUUUAGAUGCAGCAUGUCUCAUCACUCUUGUGAUUGCAGUCUUGAGUACAGAAGGAAAAUUCAAGAAAAAGUUCGUUUAAAUGAUGUGUUAUUGCCUACCCUAUUAAUUGUAACAUAUGUUGUUUUUGUCAUGUUUCCAAUUCUCGUUUCAUACCUGAUGAAAAGAAACAUUUUGCCUGAAUCGAGCUGGUUACAUCAAAAAAUGAAUCCAAUGUUUUACCUAGGUUGCUUUUCAGAUGCAAUCAUAUGCAUUCUCCUUUCAACAACAUUUGGACGAAGAGUGAUAAGUGGACGUUCUCAAAGAAGAAGAAGAAGAAGAGACAGUCACUUAAAUAAAUCAAGAAUAUCAGCCAAAUGAAUUUAGUAUAAAGUCUCUGGUUCCAAGCUUUUUUAACCCAACUAAUGUCUUUUUAUAUCUUAUGGCUAUUGUUUUAUGAUAGUUGUAGUUAUUGUUAGAAUAUUAAUUAUAAGAACCAUUUUAUUUGCUCUGAUUGCGUUUUACCAUCCUAUCAUUACAAAUACAGCAGAUUUAGCAGUUUUGUAUACUAAGAUUGAAAGUUUCAUUAUGACAGAAUUUGCUAAGUUUUGACAACGGUGAACUUUAUUCCGCUUUAAUGUUUCCAGAGCACCUCCUAUAUGGCGAGGUGCCAUUGGACCCUCUGUUAUUCUUUCUAACUUACUUCUCUGUAACAUUCAGCAUGAUAAUACUGAAGAAGCCAAAUCUUUAGAAUAAAGCAGGAGGCACAUGUUUUUGGCUUUAUUAGAAUAGAAAUAAUAAGAAAAUUAAGAUCGAAUGUACAAGUACCAAAUUUGAUUCUCACCAAGAUUGUGUUUUCUAAGGAUUUCGUAAUAAGAACAACUUCUUAUCUGCUUUGAAAACAAUAUUGUUUUACACAUUUUACCUGAACUGGAUGUAACAUCUGUUUACACAAGCUCAAGAAAAGAAGUAUAAGUAACUGUAUUAGGAAUCUUUAAAACUGAAGUUUGAAGUACAAGAAACAAAGGUAAGCUUUUUAAAUUAAAUUAUUUAUGAAUUAUUUCUUCUACCUUUUUCAAAUAAAAGUUAAUAAGAUCGUACUGACAAUGUUAAAGAAAAAACCCUACAGAUAGAAACUGUUUGCUCUAACUCUUAAUAAAUUUUCUCAGAAAUAUUUUUUUGUGGCGCCUUUACAGAUAGAAAAUAUUGUGACACCUUUACAGAUAGAAAAAGCAGAAUUCCUUUUGAAUAUUUUAAAACGUAUCUACUUUUCAACUCUGUUCUAGUUGGGAUGUGGUGAGGGAUAAGCAAAACGCCUUCAAAUUAUUAAAAAAUUAAAUUCAAAUUUGGUUCCAUCUUUGAUAAAAACCGUCUAAAAUGAAGAAUGUCUGAUUCAAUUCUCAUAUCAGAAUGUUUAUAAUUUAAACAUUUCCGAUAAUUUUUUCCAUUCUGAUUGAUCCAUUAUGCGAUUUCAAUCCGAUACAUAACUUGUUUUGAAAUUUUCCAGACGUGCUAGUUUUAGCUAUAUAAUGCAAACUCCAUUAUUGCUUGCCUGAUUCCAAAUAAAAGCAGAUAUUAAAAAUGUGUUUCAAAGAGUAUUAAACAAUAAAGUUAGAAAGAAUAUUCUUUUCACAAAAUAACAUUUUAUUUUAAUUACAUUUAAAACAAAAGAUUAAAGAAACGUAAUAAAAAAAAUCGACAUGAAAGCCAGCACAAUUGUCUUAAGGCUGGAAUACAAGUUGAAAUAUUUCUUUAAAAACAUUUUUUUCCAAACUAUUCUGUUGCAAUGCAUCCUAUAUUUAGAACGAAUUUAGAGGCAAUUAAAGUUGAUUUCACUUGUUGCAGAAGUUUACAAAUUUCCCUCGGUUUAAUUUCUCUUCUCUUGAAAGAAAGAUGAAAGGAAACCAACGUCUGGUACAAAUUCAAAGUCGCGCUAGUUAUUGUUAACAAAUUUAUUUGCGCAUUUUUAGUUUUUGUUGAAAAAGGAAUAUGUGCGAAGAUGAAACGUGAAACAAGUUUGAAAAAUGCCUGGGAACUGGCCAACGCAACUGAAGAAGAAAAUAGGCAAAUGGAAAGAGAAAUCGCAAGUGAUGACAAUACCACUAUUGAAUGCGAAAACUCAAAAGAAACAGAUAAAAGUGACUUAUGAAAUGUUUCACAAUUUCUCUCCGAACCGCCGCCAUAAUCCGUCCCAAAUGCCAUUAUACAAUCCAAUGCCCAGUACCUACCGUCAUCAACAAAGCUCCGUUUCCAACCAUGCUUCCUUAAGUAUAUCUAAAAACAGAAUAGGAUCAUCUCAAUCUUUUGGACAGUAAAAACUUCACAUUCCGAUAAAGCUACUAACACUUCAGAUCAACAUAAACGUACAAGUUAAUUUGAACGCGGGCAGUCAUAAAAAUAUUUGUUCGAAUUAGCAAAUAUCAAAUUAUUCGGUUAUAAUUUCUCAAUUCUUUACUAAGGACUAGGAUGUAUACGAAUUUCUUAUUUGUUAUUACCCCACUGUUGAGUAUUUUCGAAUGUUUACGUUUAUUCGAACGUUCUCGGAAAAUUUGAUUGGUUUUUUUUCUUCACGUGACCAGUCUAUAUGACGCCGUAUUAACCGACAUCAAAACAAAAACAAAACAAGAAAGUUAAUUUAAAGUGGUAGAAAAAUGUCAAUUACUCCUUGUUUUCGUCUGGUAGACGAUAGUUUAUUUGACGAUUUAAAUGAAAUAGACGAAUUCAUAGCAGGACAACAGUCAAAAUUUUAACAAUUGUACAUUUAAUUUUAAUACGAACACUCCACCAGCGAAACGACAAAGAAUUGAAUUUUAAAACUGUUUUGAAAAUAUUCUAUUUUUAAAAGUUGUAUUGUAUUGUUUAUUUUUGAACGAGUUGUGGAUCGAAUGUCUGUGUACGUUCGAAAUAUAAAGAAAGUUACAUGGUUUCCA